UCCCGUCCAAGAAAAACCAACCAGGAAGCGAAUGGCGGAAAUAUAGAUCCACUUCACGCUUUUAGCUCACAAUUUUUGGCCAGACCAGCCUGUUUUGUCCUGAAUGGAGAGGCCAGAAGAGUAGCCAGCGGAUGUCUUCAGCUAAAAGUGGUGGACGGUUUCUAAGAAACGAUGUCUUCGCGUUUAACUACCUGGCAGAAACGGUAAAGUGAAUGGACGGAUAGUCAACAGCCAAGUCCUGUGUGACUGACAGCCUGCAGGAUUAAACACCGACAUAUGGCCCCGGUCCUCAGCUAGCCGAGGGGAGACGACGACACAACACGAGCAUCAUGUUUCUGAAAACGUCCUUCACCACCCUGAUCGUGGGGGUGUUUGUGGUGUACGUGCUCCACACCUGCUGGGUGAUGUACGGUAUAGUGUACACCAAACCCUGCGACAACCCUAAGGGCGACAAAUGUAUCACACCCUUCCUGGCAGGGAACCCGAAACUACAGUUGAGUAUCUACACUGCACUGCGGCCCAACGCAGAGGGAGGACAUACUCUGAUCCACAAAGAGGAGAACUUUGAUGUCAACAGCAAGUUUGAGAGGAUACUCAACGUCUCUCUUCCUAAGAAGACCCGUAACAAUGGAACUUUAUAUGCACUAAUAUUUGUCCAUCAAGCUGGCAUCAGUCCUUGGCAGGAUCCACAACAGGUCCACCUGGUGGCUCAGCUCACCACAUACAUGGUCCCUAAACCACCUGAGAUCUCUUUGAUAUCCGGGGAGGAUCAAACACAGGGUCAGAGAGAAGAAGCUCGGCAAAAGAAACACAGUGAUGGUAACCCUGCGGCAGGGGGUGGAGCUACUUCCACGUCAGAUCACCCAGUUUCCCACUGGCGUUCCCGUCUGACUCUCAACAUUGUCAGUGACCACUUCCUGUUUGACAGAGAAUACUUGCCAAGUGAUGUCCACAGAUACCUCAGAGCCUUCCAAAAUGGUAAAAAGAUGGUGUAUCUACCUCUGCUGUUUGUUGAUGAGCUCAGCAACCGGGUCAAGGACCUUGUGGAGAUCAACAGUACUUCCAUGGAGCUCCCUCUGACCAUCUCUUACGACUCCAUCUCUCUGGGGAGACUACGCUUCUGGAUCCACAUGCAGGAUGCCGUUUACUCUCUGCAGCAGUUUGGUUUCACAGAGAAGGAUGCUGAUGAGAUUAAAGGGAUCUUUGUGGAUACCAACCUGUACUUCCUGGCUCUGACCUUCUUUGUAGCUGCCUUCCAUCUUCUCUUUGACUUCCUGGCAUUCAAGAACGACAUCAGCUUCUGGAAGCAGAAGAAAAGCAUGGUGGGAAUGUCAAGCAAAGCAGUGCUGUGGCGAUGUUUCAGCACCAUAGUGAUUUUCCUCUACUUGUUUGAUGAGCAGACCAGUCUGCUUGUCCUUAUACCCGCUGGGAUCGGCUCCAUCAUUGAAGUAUGGAAAGUGAAGAAGGCCUUUAAGAUUCAGGUUUUCUGGAAAGGAGGCAGACCAACGUUCCUGUUUGGGAAAUUAGACGAAUCAGAGAGGAGAACAGAAGAGUAUGAUACUCUGGCCAUGAAGUAUCUGUCAUAUCUCCUUUACCCAUUGUGUAUUGGAGGGGCUGUAUAUGCUCUUAUCUUCCUACGAUAUAAAAGUUGGUACUCAUGGUUGAUCAACAGUUUAGUGAAUGGUGUGUAUGCCUUUGGCUUCCUCUUCAUGCUCCCUCAACUGUUCGUCAACUAUAAGCUGAAGUCUGUGGCCCACCUGCCCUGGAAAGCCUUUAUGUAUAAGGCAUUCAAUACCUUCAUCGAUGAUGUGUUCGCCUUCAUCAUCACCAUGCCAACGUCUCACAGACUAGCCUGUUUCAGAGAUGAUGUCGUGUUUCUCAUUUACCUCUACCAGAGAUGGCUCUACCCAGUGGACAAGACAAGAGUAAAUGAAUAUGGGGUUUCUUACGAUGAAAAACCCAAAGGAAAGACUCACAAGGACUAGAAGGGAAAGAUGGGUCAUUGGCUUCCAUGAUCUGGUAUCUGCAGGUUUUUUCUGGGGGUGGAAAGGGGGGGGGGGGGUUCUGGUCAGUUAGUUGUAAAUGGACCAGGUAAAUCAACAUCCUUGUGCUUUGUGACUUUUUCAACCCUUCCCACAGCGCAAGUGUUGCAAGGUCAACAUCUGCUUAUCUGGCUUUUGCAGUCUAGAGAGAGUUUAUCUUUUUUCCAUUGCACUGACAGGACAGGAGGAUCAAUGAGCUCAGUCUAUAACUCUUUUUUUUUUUUUUUUUUUUAACUGACACAACAUGGAGAAAAUGUGUGAUUGGCCAGCAUCCUGCAUAAGACCUGAGGUCAGACUACUGCUCAGUUCUGAUAUGAGAUAUUACACUGAUGACUAUAGUAACUUUACAAUAGUAGAUUGGUGGCAACUUUGAGUCUUCUUGGCUACAAAUGAUAAAUUCUGCUCUUCCCUUUUUUCCAAAUUCCAUGCCAGUCCACAACACCAGUCACAUUCCUUGUCUGUUGUAAUCACUCUGUCCUGUUAAUAUCCGUGAUGGUCAACUUGAUCCUUGGUUUCCAGCUUUGGGUCUCUGCAAAUACUGAUUUGGUUAUGCGAAGCUGCAGGAGUAAAAUAUGAUUUAUUACAUUGGGUGCGACUCCCAUUUUAAGCUAAAACUGCCUUUUGAGAACCACUGUAAAUGAUGUCUUUUCAGAAUUGUAAUUGCCAUGUCAAAAGGGAUUAUUAUAAUUUUAAAUAUUUUUAUGUUUGCAAAUGCUAGUUAACUGACAGAGUACAUUUUGAAAAGAUCCUUUUUCUGACUGCCUUGAGGAACCUAUGCUUAAAUACAUACAGUUUAUCCAGGAGUUCUAAAACAGGAGCUGCUUGGUUCAUCUGAGAGGCUUCAUUCAUCAAGACUACAUAAUCCAGCUGCUUGUUUUACACCUGCCGAGAUGACUGAAAAAGCUAGCUUUCAUGUCAACUCAAGAUGGGUGUCACUGCAGAGAGCUAAAACUACUGUGCUUUGAUAAAUACAGCGCUAAAGCCAUUAAAUUUGGGUUUAAUUACCUUUAAACAGUGGCCAACGUGAGGCUAUCCUAUUAACACUUCCAUAUUAUUAUUCCAUAAGCUCCAAGUCUGAUACAUCAGAGCUCUCGGAAAAAUCAGUUUCCCAGUCAUAAUUAUUGCUUGGAUGUUGACGUGAGUGCUGUUUACAACUCAGAAAUGGUGAGAACAAUAACUCUGAUGUAUAAUGAAAGCUGCAUUUGGCAAAGGUGGGCAGUACUGAAACAUAAGUGGAUGCGUUGUUAGCUCGGUUAAACAUUUCUGAUACAGAAUUGAAGUGCUUUUCUAGAAAUUUUAUGUAAUUAUUCUAAUUAUGUUUAAAUAUUGCUCACUGAAAAGGCUGUUAACAAUUUGCUUAGAAAGCAUCAAUGUGUAUAAGUUGUUUAAUCUACCUGUUAAAGUGAGAAUAUAUAUGCUUAAAAAUCACAGAGAGGCACUUAAAAGUAACAAAAAAUUGUCAAAAAUUUCAAAUUCAUCACUUUAAUUUUAAGAUUUGUACUAGUGUACUUUCCACCUAUGCACAUAAGAUGGUUGCAGUAGAAUCAGAGUAGAAGAUUCCAAUUUGUUGCCAUGGUGAUAGGCAUGGGCUGCCUGAAAGUUCCAGAAUCUUGAGCUGCAUUAGAAGCAGAGUAGAGGGUUCUGAUUUGUUGCCAUGGUGACGGGGGGAAAAUUGCCUGAACAUUCCAGAAUCUGUUGAGUUGAACUGUCUGUGUCUCUUGUUCUGUCCAUAUGUUGAAUGAUACUGACCUUUGCUACACUGUAACACAGGGGGGUACCACUGAAAGCCAUACUGUCCUUUACAUCCAUUCUAGUUUUGUAGUUUUACCCACUUGAGUAUUUUUUUUACAUAUCAGGGCCAAGAAAAUCUGUUUGUGCCAAAUGUGAGAAUGAUUCUGUGAACUGUUUGUGAGCUUGGUAUGUUCACCAGAAAUGGUCCACCUGCUGUUUUAAAUAGACACUGACAUUGUGGGGGAAACAGUAGAUGGUAAGACUUGUGGAAAGUAUUACUACAUCUGGAUUUACACAUUCACAUUUUAUUUUACUGCCAUAGUUCUAAUGUUUUUUUGUUUUGUUUCUUAAUAGACCGCCUAUUCCAUGUUCACAUAUCAGGAUAUAUUAGGUAUGUGCAGAGAGAUCCAGUGCAGAUUUUCUUUUCCUGUGUUAAUGCAGUCAGGAGACAUGUACCAGAAAUUUGCCUUGAGAUGGUUUUACUUAUUGUAAUGUUUGUGUUUUUGAUUGAGAUUAAAUAAAAUUGACUGACUGAUUGAUUUGCAGUGGA